CGACAUUUGUGUCGAGCCUUUUGUCGUGAGAUAGUAUAAAAAGAGCGCAGAGAAACACUCUCCAAUACUCUGUGACCGAUCUGCUUCAAGAAGUACGCUCAAAGGUCGUCAUUGGUGAAACGACAGUCUUGACAGAAGGACGAGCACCAUGCCUCCUGAACCCAAAGGCCGUGCAGUCAUGCACGACACCUGCCAACAGCCCGGCGAACUGCACGAGACUGAUUACAACCUCCCCAUAGCUGUCGUCGGAAUCGGUUGUCGGAUGCCCGGCGGUACCACCAGCCCCUCUAAGUUUUGGGACGUCAUCAGCGAAGGACGAAACGUCAUCACGGAGGUUCCAGCGGAGCGAUGGUCCCUCGACGUGUACCACAGCACCGACCCGCACCAGCCAGGCACCCACGUCACGCGCAGGGCCGGCUUUGUGGACGACAUCGACAUGUUCGACCACACCUUCUUCAAGAUCUCGCCUCGUGAGGCCGCCAUGAUGGACCCCCAGCAGCGCCACCUGCUGGAAGUGACGUACGAGGCGUUUGAAGAUGCAGGUAUCACGCCUGAGAGUGUGUCUGAGUCGUGUGGUGUGUUUGUGGGAAUAGGCAUGAUGGACUACGCUUUGAACAUGGCCGAUGACAAACACCUUUUCAACUCGUAUGCAAACACAGGUGUUGCGCACAGCGUGGCCGCCAACAGAAUCUCCUAUGCCUUCAAUCUAAAGGGCCCGAGCCUUGCCGUAGACACGGCGUGCGCGGCGUCCAUGACAGCCCUACACUUAGGGUGUUCCUCCUUGAGGAACAAAGAAUGCAGCGUCGCCAUCGUCGAGGGAGCCAACGUGCUCCUGAUGCCGGAGGUAACGGUGGCGUUCAGCGCCAUGGGGGUGCUGUCACCUGACGGAUUCAGCUGUCCGUUUGACGCAUCUGCCAACGGCUACGUCCGCAGUGAAGGGUUCGGCGCCAUCUUGUUGAAGCCUCUCAGCGACGCCAUACGGGACAGAGAUCACGUGUACAGCGUCAUCAGGGGGAGUGCUAUAUCCGAUAACGGCUUCAGUCAGAGCAUCACCAUGCCGUCCUCCGGUGAACAGGAGAAGCUGAUGAGGACAACCUACGCCCGCUUCGGAGUCCCUCUCUCAAGCGUCAUGUACGUCGAGGCGCACGGAACAAGCACGCCCGUCGGGGAUCCUGCGGAGGCUGAAGCCAUUGGUAAAACCUUCGGUAGACGUCCAGCCUCUCCACUGAAGAUUGGGUCUGCCAAGAGCAAUUUUGGGCACAUGGAGUGCGCAGCAGGCAUGGUGGGUGUCAUCAAGACUGCGCUGAUGCUGGACAGGCGAGCCCUCUGUCCCUCCGUCAACUACACCAAGCCGAGCCCCAAAGCCGACUUUGACGAGCUCGGCAUCUCAGUGCAAACUGAGGUGGAAACCUUUCCUGACAACAAGAAGGUGACCCUCGGCGUCAACAGUUUUGGAUUUGGAGGAGCCCUGGCUCAUGUGAUCAUGGAAGAGAACAGCGCUAAAAAGUCGGUACGUCAGUCCUACAACAAGAGGGGAUGGCAGUUUGGACCAAGUGAUCAAGAAGGUGACUUCAUCAUUCUGCCGCUCAGCGGAAAGUCUCCGGACGCCCUCAGGGACCUUUCCGCCAAGUGGCUGACGUACAAAGAUGAGAAGGAUGCCAUCAACGUUUCCUCGUGGGUAGCCACGCGCAGAAACCACUAUCAAAACAGACUGGCCGUCGUGACCAAUUCUGGCGCCAAGACCAGAGAGGGCCUGCAGGGUUACGUCAACAAGAUGGCUGCCGAUGAUGUCAUCACUGGAACAGCACAGAGUUCCCGCCCAAAAGUUUGCUUCGUCUUCCCCGGUCAAGGGCAACAGUGGGACGACAUGGGGAGGAAGCUGUAUCAGAUGGAGCCUGUGUUCAUGGAUACAGUUGAUACAUGUGACCGGAUCUUCGCACGAGUCAGUGGAUGGUCCCUCUUACAGAAGACCGGGCUGUUCACUUCAAGCGACGGCACCGCAGAGCUCACCCUGGAUGACAUGAUUGUCUCCCAACCCGCCAUACUCUUCACCCAGCUGGGCUUGUUUGCUUUGCUGAAGCAUUGGGGCGUUUCUCCCGAUGUGAUCGUCGGGCAUAGUCUGGGAGAGGUCGCAGCAGCCUAUGCCAGUGGUGGUCUGACUUUAGAGGAAACCAUCCAGGCUAUCCAUAUCAGAAGCACCAAACAAGCCAAACUACAGGGAACCGGGAGCAUGGCGGCCAUGCGCGCAUCAAAGGCGGAGGCUGAGGUGCUCAUUGCCAAGUGCGAGGGCGUGAAAGUAGCAUGCGACAACUCACCUACAUCUGUCACCAUCGCAGGGUCAACAGACGCCAUUGCUACACUUCAAGAUCAAAAUCCAACAAAGGUAAAGAUGCUGCGCGUCUCCUGUGCGUUCCACACCGACCACAUGGACCCAAUCAAAGAUGAGUUUCUCGAAGCGAUGUCUUCCAUACAGGCGAACGGAAAAGGGCAAGAUCGCGCACCUAUGUACUCAACGGUGACAGGAUGCGACUACACUGGGAAGUUUGACGGUCAGUAUUGGUGGGGAAACAUCAGAGGUCAGGUCAAGUUCACUUCAGCCAUUCAAGCCAUCAUCCAGAACCACAAUCCUGGCGUUUUCGUCGAGCUUGGCGCCUCCGCUACGCUGUUGUCUUCAGUCAACCAGACACUCAAGCACGAAAACUGUCCCAUGAAAGUCACCGUACCGUGCGGACAGCGCCAGCAAAACGACCACAAGUGCAUGCUGCGUGCCUUGGCCACCCUGUACGUGAAUGGGGUGGACAUAGACUGGACAAACGCCACCCAGGACGCUGCUGAAUGGUCACCGGUUCCCACAUACGCCUGGCAGCACCAGCGGCAUUGGCAAGAAGCAGAAUCCUCGCAGAAAAGGAGGCUGGGUCUGGAGGACCGCAGUUUCAAGGGGCAGAAUGGCAACAUCACCCUGGAAAAGUUCCCCUUCCUUGCAGACCACGUGGUGAACGAAAGUGUCGUGUUCCCAGGGGCGGGAUACAUUGAGUACAUGGUGCAGAUGGCCGUGGAUAGCUCUGAGAACCCGGCACUGGAGAACAUCCAGUUCAAACAAGUCCUGGUUUGGCCAGAAGGCAGCGACGUCAACAAAAGCAAAGCCUCGGUCCAACUGACAUACACCAAGGAGGGAGGAAAGAUAGAGGUUGCCACAGACAGACUGCACGCGGGCUGCCUUGUCACUAAGCAAGAAGAUGCUAGGACAGAGGGCGGACUGGACACCACACCUUCGGAAGACAUGAAAACAGUGACAAGUGAAACAUUUUACCAGCGAUUCAGUGAGUUGGGAUUGCUGUACGGCUCUGAGUUCCAGGUCGUGAGUGAGGCGUUUGUGGGUGACUGGGAAGCCAUCGGGUUCCUGAAGCCAGCCACAGAUGCACAGCAAAGGGUCCAAACAACAACCAUGGACGGAUGCUUCCAGGUUGCCCUCUCUGCCAUUGGUCCAAGCUCGACUCUGUAUCUUCCAACAGAGAUCGCCACAUUCAAGAUGUACGUGCCCUCUCUGCCGCUCGGGGAGCCCAUGGUAGCUCACGCCACGGUUGUUUCCCGUACCAGCAUGUCAUUCCAUGCUAACAUAACACUGGCGACUACCCAGGGCAAGAUCCUUGCACAAAUCGACGGAUUUGAAGCGACAAAUGUUUCAGGCAUCAAGACAGACGUAAACACAGACAGCUGUCUGUAUGAAACAACAUGGCAACCUGUCACCUCUCCUCUGCCACCAACAAGUAUCUUCUGCGACCUGUUCAAAGAGGACCGUCUACAGGAGCAGUACGGGGACGACAUGGAGAUGAUUGAGACAGCAGAGAGAGCCCUACCUAAGCUGAAACGUCUGGCGGUGUCCUACAUUCAACACGCACUGGACUCUGUCCCCGAAAAUGAGGUCAACCCAAGGAACAAGCGGUACGUACAGAGGCUCAGAACCAUCGUCGAUGCUGCAGGCAAAGAAAAGGACGACUCGAAGUCGCUUGAUGACAUCCACAAGAGCAUGGAGGAGGUGCGAAAAGAGGUCCCGGCGAUGGAGCAGGAGUUCAGCAUGCUGCGGCGGCUCGGGGACAUGUUACCGACCAGUCUUCGUGACCCUUCCGCUGCCCUGCCGAUUCUCUUUGCCGCCGACUGCCUGGCCGAAUACUUCAUGGACUCCCUUACAACAAGGAUGUACUACCGCGCUUGUGCAGAUGCCAUGGAGCAAGCUGUGAAGGCCGCACUUCAGCGUAAACAAACCCUUCGGAUUCUCGAAGUCGGAGGUCGCAUGGGUGGACUGGCGCGCUACCUACUGAAGCCUCUCAAAAGCCAAGGAGACGCGGGACACAUUGAGUACGUCUUCACUGAUCUGAACACCACGUUCUUUUCACAUGCCAGCCAAGUCCUUGAAGACUACACCUUUGUCAAGUACCAACAGCUAGACAUCGAAGCAGCGGUGGAGCCACAGGACUUCGUUCCUGGUACGUUUGACGUCGUCCUCUGUAUGGAUACCCUUCACUCGGCGGUGGACGCGAUGGAAGGCCUGAACAACAUGCAGAGUCUUCUCUGUCCUGGUGGCUGGCUCGUCAUGAUGGAACCGACAAAUGCUUUCCACAUGUGCGAGCUGGUAUUUGGGUCGCUGGAGCUCUGUUGGGUGUAUGACGAUGACUACAGGACGGACAACUGUUGGCUGUCACGAGAAGGAUGGAGCAAGCUUUUCGCAGAUGGAGGGAUGAGCGAUGUUGUGAGCGUUUCUUCGCCACAAGAGUUCUUCCAUUCCAUCAUCAUUGGAAGAAAGCCAAUGCCAUCGCGCGCAGUCCCUGCUGUAGCGCAUAACGCUGACAGCCAGCAGUGGCUCCUCGUGGGCGAUUCUACCAGCCCUCUUACCAGUGCUAUCCAGAGGAUGCUACCCAAUGACGCCAUGGUGCAUCCCGUCGGUGACAGGAUCGACAUCCCCAGCCAAGGCCCUCCGCUGAAAGUCGUGUACGUCUGGACAGGAGAGGACAAGUCCCUGGAAUUCACACGCACGUUGACCAAAGCCCUGUACCAGGCUUCUGCGAGAGUUGAGAACAUGUGGGUUUUCACAGUAGGCGGUAGCGUUGAGUGUGCGAGUCCCACGUCAUCCCUCCCUGCGGGCUUCUUCCGCGUUGUCAACAAUGAGAUCAGAGACCUUCCCAUCUACACGGUAGAUUUGCCAUCAGAAGUUCUUAACGGGUUGACAGGCGUUGUUGAGACCCUUCUCAAGUCCGACCCACCGGCGGAGAGGGAGCUCGCGAUCCGUAACAAUGAAGUGCUGGUUCCAAGGCUACUGAAAACGUCCAUCUCAGAGAGCAUCAUCACAUCUCCUUCUGGUAACUGGGCUCUGGAUAUCGCUCCCGGGAAGACGGGAACAUUGGACGACAUGGCGUUCUACGAGCAAGUGUCCGUGUCACUGUCACCCAAACAAGUCAAAAUCAAAGUCCACGCGGCAGGCUUGAACUUCAAGGAUGUGAUGAUGUCUCUCGGGCUUCUGGAAGGUCUCAACUUGCAAACACAGUUUGGCCUGGAGUGUGCAGGCACAGUCGUGGAGGUGGGCGAUGACGUGGAUAAUAUCAAAGUUGGAGAUGAGGUCAUUGCCUUCGGCGAUCACUGCUUCGCGUCGCACGUCAUCUGUGAGGAACACUUCGUCAUGGCCAAGCCUGCACACAUCAGCUGGACGGAUGCAGCUGGGUUUGGUGUGGUCUAUCUCACCGCGUACUACGCCUUGAUCGAGAGAGCCCGGCUCCGGGAAGGACAGACGGUGCUGAUCCACUCUGCCUGUGGUGGGGUGGGACAAGCGGCAAUACAAGUGGCAGGCAUGGUUGGGGCCCGUGUGUUCUGCACCGCUGGAACAGACGAGAAGCGCACCUACCUUCGACAGAUGGGGAUAAUACAUGUCUCCGACUCCAGGUCAACCCAGUUCUACCGUGACGUCAUGGAGUGGACGGAUGGUCAGGGAGUAGACGUAGUCCUCAACUCCCUGUACGGUGAUCUGCAAACUGAGACUAUGAAGUGUCUCAAGCCUGGCGGCACCUUCUGUGAAAUCGGGAAACGCUCGAUGCUGGAAAGCGUUGGGAUGAACAUGGGCCUGCUGUUGAACAACAAGGCUUUCUUCUCCGUUCAGAUAGACCUGUUGAUGAAGGAAAGACCAAAGUACGUCCAACAGAUGAUGGAGACAAUCGUCUCUCUUCUGGAGACGGGUCGAGUUGGUGUCGUGCCGACGACAGUGAAAACCAUCGACGACUACAAGGAGACGUUCCGAUGGACGUCGAAGGGUCAACAUAUCGGAAAGGUCGUCUUUGAAGUACCCGACAAGUUUGAACCGGAGAGCCUGGUGCCUUCACCGUACACCCUCGAGGCAGAUGGUAGCUACGUCAUUACCGGCGGGUUCGGAGGAAUCGGACAGGCUUUGGCACGUUGGGUGGUAGACCGGGGAGCAAAGCACAUCGCUCUCCUGUCGAGACGUGGAUGCAGAACGGCAGAAAAUCGCCACACAGUCGAGUACAUGGAGUCCAAAGGAGCCAAGGUGUACACGUAUGAAGUCGACGUGUCAGACAAGACAGCACUGAGGAAUGUGCUGAAUCAUCUCAGAGCCGACACCUCGGUCCCUGCACUGAAUGGUAUCUUCCACCUGGCCGCUGUCAUUGAUGACGCCAAUGUGUUGGACGUGACGGACAGUCAGCUGGAAAAGUCCCUGGCGGCGAAGGCGUGGGGAGCCCUCCAUCUGCACGAGCUGACACAGGAGGAUGACCUCGACAUCUUCUUCCUGCUGUCCUCCGCAGCUGCCACGUGGGGAAACCCGGACCAGUGCGGGUACGUGGCCGCCAACAGUGUCCUGGACGCCCUGGCUGAACACCGACAUCGGCAAGGUCUCCCGGCACUGUCUGUACAACUUGGGGCCGUCAGAGGCGUGGGGGUCUUGGAGGGGAACACGAAAGCAGCCAAAAUCGUCAAAGGGAAGGGGUUGCUGAGUCUGCACGUUGAAGAGGUGCUGCAGAUGCUGCCGCGACUGUUGAAGGCCAGAGACACCCCCAUGGUCACCCUCGCAAACAUGGACUGGAACAAGUGCCUGCAGUUUUCGUAUCCAACCAGCAUGAAGUUCAGGCAUCUUGCAAGUGGAAACAACAAGACAAAAUCUGCUGACACUGACCUGAACGAAGACGACCUCCGUGAGCGAGUACUGGAGCAGCUGGGACAAAUCCUCUGCAUGCCUGCGGACCAGAUAGACCCAGACCAGCCCAUGAUCAACUACGGCGUGGACUCCCUCAUGGCCGUGGAUGUCGUCAACUGGAUGAACAAGAACUUCGACCUCAGCGUGUCCCAACUGGACAUCCUGGGCGGCAUGACUACGUCCACCAUGGUGGGGAAAGCUGUAGUUGGGGAGGUAGCGCUUCCUUUGUGUAAGUAGGUUAGGAGAAAGUAUUGCUGUGGACUGACGUACUAAGAAAAUUUUGUAUUGGUUUUCUUUGAAGUGUCAUUCUUUGAAUAACUUUUAUCAGUAAGCUUGAAUGUCAUGGACAGCUUUUGGUUUACACAUUUUUAAAUGUAUAUUUGUGGUUGUGGUUUUCAUAUGACGAAGAUAGGAACAAUGUGGCAACAGAACAACAAGACAACUUUUCCAGUAAACUUAAAUGUUUUGGAGAUCUUUUGGUUUUAGAAAUAAUUGCAGACUUGGGGGAAAGCUGUAGUUGGGGAGGUAGCGCUUCCUUUAUGUGAGUAAGUUACUAUAAGAGAAAGCAUUAUUGUGGACUACCGUACUCAGAAAAUGUUUGUAUUGUUAUUCUUUUGAAGUAUCAUUCAUUUGAAUGACUUUUAUCAGUAUGCUUGAAUG